AUGACCAGUAACUGCAAUAUUGUUUGUCUUUUAGGCCAAGAGUAUUGCUACAAUAUGCACCAUGCUUUUGUCAUCAACAUUUUUGGGGAAUGUGAUGACAGCAAUGUUGCCUCCUUUGUCAACCAGCUCAUCAACACUCCCUCCACAUUGGUUGUAAUGAUGUCCAAUGCACCAACUUCUGCUCUUCAAAGCACAUGGUCAAUUGAUGCUGGCCCCUCUAUCCCUUCUUACUCUGCUGUGUUGAUCAGCAAUGUUACAUCUUUCCAGCUGGAUGCUCCUUCUGUGUCUUCUUCUCAUCCCUCAGUGUUGGAUCAGUUGCUCAUUACUGGACCUCAGUCUGACCCUAUCCAUGUUGGUACCAUUUCCUUCAAGGAUUCUGUUGACAACAGUCUACCCUCCAUCCCAUCUGUCAAUCAUAUGUCUGGCUUCACUUGUUUGGCUCCUGUUACUUCCCCUGGUCCUCUGAACAUCUCUCUGGAUACACCCCCAUCCGUGCUACAUGCUGUCAACAAUGUCCAACCCACUGCAUUGGUUGAUACUGGUAAUCAGGUGUUUUGCUUCCUCCAGGCAUAG